AUGGAGCCGCUGGUGCUGCUCGGUGCUUUGGCCACGCGGCUGCUCUUGGCGCUUCACUCGCUGGUGGGCGUCUGGCGGGUGACCGAGGUGAAGACCGAGCCCCGUUUCUGGCUCUUGGCAUUGCUGCAUCUCCCGCUCGUCCUGGAGACGGCGCUCACGCUGAAGAGGCGCCGAGGCCGAGGCUACCCCGGAUUUUCGCCCGCCAUAUUUUUCUAUCUGAUUAGCAUUGUGCCAUCCUUAUGGCUCCUGGAACUGCAUCAUGAGACCCAGCAUUGCAGUAACCAGGCUGAAGGAAUGUCUCCAAAUAUUGGUAGCAAAGGGGAUUUCAAUCAAACUCGGCUGAUGAAAAGCGCAAACACCGGCACUGAGACUCUCCUUGAGACGGCCAAAGAUUUUGUCAAUAAUUUAUCGACUGUGUGUGAGAAAGUUUGGACUCUGGGACUCCACCAGACCUUCUUGUUAAUGCUGAUAAUUGGAAGAUGGCUUCUACCCAUUGGUGGUGGAAUCACACGGGACCAGCUCUCUCAACUUCUUCUCAUGUUUGUGGGGACUGCGGCUGACAUACUGGAGUUUACUAGUGAGACCCUGGAAGAACGUGAUGUGAGAAAUAAUCCUGCCCUUGUUUAUGCAAUUCUUACCAUUUGGACCUGGAGCAUGCUACAGUUUCCACUUGACCUUGCAGUCCAGCAUUUCGUCUGCCCCUCAUCCAUGGCAGCUGAAGGAUUCGCCAGUUGGUUCCUCUGCCAGUAUAGUGCUGAUCUGUGGAACAUUGGAAUCAGCCUCUUCAUUCAGGAUGGGCCUUUCCUCAUUGUCCGCCUCGUCCUAAUGACCUAUUUUGGAGUGAUCAACCAGAUGCUGGUGUUCUUUGCUGCCAAGAACUUCCUCGUUGUGGUGCUGCAGCUCUACCGCUUAAUUGUGCUGGUGCUACAUGUGCAGGCUUCCCUGAGGAAGCAGCCUCGUAGUCUGAAAGGAGAGGAGAGAUUUCCAAAUCAGCCUCGGGAAAGUAGGCUUUCACCCACUACCAGAGACAGUAAGACCACAGAAGCAGCACCUAUUCCUUUAGAAGACUUCCCAGGGACGGCUGAGUGUUGCUGAGUUCAAAGAUGAAGUUUUCCCAACAGGAAGUUAUUUCAGCAAUCCACCGAGCAUUUAUUAAGUGCUUAAUGUGUGCCAGGCGCUGGGGAAAUAGACUGAAACAACAGAAUCCCUGACCACAAGGAGUUUAUAGUCUACUGGAAAGUAAACUUCUGUAAAGUUACGUCUUUUAAUUUCUGAGUCUUUUUAUAGCAUCUGAAUAUGUCAUUUUGACUUGAUCUGUUUUUUCCCAUCUUAGCACAGAACUUUGUUUAAAGAUUAAAAGAAAAAGAAGAGAUUUUGAAGAAACACCAAGAGAUUUUUUUAAAUGACUACUAAAUGAAGGCUCUUUGGCUGAUUGCUGUCAUUCUAACUUUCAUCUGAUGGAAUCAGGAAGCACCAGUUCAGAGAUUCAAGAGCUCUGGAUACACGUGAACAAUAUGUAGAGAUGUUGUCAGGGGUUUUGGUUACGUGUCCUUGGAAAAUAGUGCAUAGAAAGAUGAAAUAUCAAAAAGGUCGCCUGAAAAUACUGAGCCUUGGACUUUGUUUCUAUCAAUAGACUAAGUCUCCUUUUCCAUGUCUACCUAUAUCUUUGUGACAUAAAAGGUUACAUUCAGUGAAUGCAAAACAAAUGAAAGAAGGAAAAAAAUGUCAUAAAAAUUACCUCAUUGUGGGCAGGAUGCUAGGAAAAAUCCCUGCCCAUUCAUAGCUGCACAGAUCACCCCAGAAAAGAAAACUCUUGCUUCUAGGCCUAGAGAUUCAUUCACAAUGGUUUAUUGACUCUCCAGAAAUAUUAUGAUACUUGGAUUUAGUUCAGUGGGAGCACUUUCUUUUAUAAGCAUGGGCCCAUCCUGCCCAAUGACAUUUCUUGGCUCUACAAAAAUGCCAUGUUAGGUGAAACAAUAUCACAGGGGCCAACAUCCCGCAGCAACAAUAUCAGGAAUGGAUGUUUGGCUAGAGAGUGCUACAGUGAAUUUUCACUGUUUCAUGGCAUAGUUUGGUUAUGAAGUACCAAUGAUAUGGUUGUAAAACAACCUUAGUCAGGUCACCUUACAUAGACUAGGUAGUUAGACCAGUUUCAGCAUCAGAAGUACUGGUUUCUACCAGGCAAAGUGGUUGUUUCUGUUUUCUAUACUCUUGGAAGUACACAGCCGCUAAGUUUCCUAAUUUUAGAUUAUGGUUGGCUUAUAAGGGUUCAUUGAGUCCAGUCUUAUAACUUUACAGAUUAGGAAAAUGAAGCCCUGAGAGAUGACAAGAUCAUACAUGGAGAGUUCCAUGGGGCCUUGAGGUCAACAAGCAUAGGCCCCACAUUUUAGAAAUGAGGAAAUGGAGGCCAAGAGAAAUUAACUGCCCAAGGUCACAAAUUAUAAACAUCAGAGCCUAGAUUCAACCCAAAGUCUUCAGAUUCACUAUCAAGUACUAUAGACCUUUUGGCCUCUAGAGCCUUGCUGAGCCAUUAGACAAGUCAGCAUAAGAAGUGCUGAUACAAAGAAUGUUGAAUUUAAUAACUAGCUUUUACCUAUAUUUUUUACAUGUUGUCUUAUUUGAUCCUCACAAUGACCUGUGAGGUAGGUGCCAUUAAGACUCCUUUGA